UUUACAGGGCAGUGCUCCAGUUGAUUGGUACAUAUAUGGAGCCCCUUCUGGAAUGACAAUUGACCAAAAGACAGGACUCAUCUCCUGGGAGAGGACAGUAGCCAGUGUCCAGCCGUAUACCAUCAACGUCAAAGCAUCCAACCGUAUAGGCCGUACAGAAGUCCAGUGGUCACUGAAAGUCCAGCUGUCCUAUAACAUCACAAUAGAGGACGUUACACCCACUGGGGUUCUGGCUGUUCCUAAAACCAUCCAAAUGAGAGGAAUGGUCAAUUAUUUUAGUGGAACUUUACAAUCUUUGAUGGCUUUUGUGGAUGUUAAGGUACGAAAUAAAGGCAGAAUUACAACGAUGUCCAUUGUGACAUCCCCGAGGAACAGGGGACGUUUUGAAGCAGUGUACUUCCCUAAAGCUGGUGACAGUGGACUGUUUGAAGUGGAUGGCCGCCACCCAUCCGAUACUGGCUUCACUCCUCAGAAAUCGUGGAGUGUGUUGGGGAUGAUGUGUGUGCCAGGAUAUGUGAACAGACAAGCCUACUUGGACGCGGACGUGGUGGAGAUGAGGGGUGUUUCUCUACUCAAGAAUGAUGGAGUAAAUAGGAUCAGUAAUAUCACAGCCAGAGUAGAAGGCAUUGGUGGUCCAUUAACAUCUGUAGUUGUGAGAGCAGGAAACAGACUUUCAAGCAAUGGUUCUCGACCACUUAUAGUAUUCUUGGACACAGAUUCUGAAGUGUCCAUAGAUGUGAUCCUCACAGUAUCUCAUCCUCUUCGUCCUCUUCGUGGUGUUAUUGCUGUUGUGUUCAGUACACCCGAUGGCACCACAGCCAGAGUUAGGAUAGGAUUGCAGCUGAAUGUCAGAAAACCUGCUCUGAUCCUCUCGCCAUCAUCUUUGUCAGAUAGUGUGCCCAGAGGAACUCAGAAGACGUUCCAGAUUAAUAUCAAGAACGAAGGCGAGGUCACCGCAAAAUCACUCAGAGUAACGCUACCUUCGGAACCAAGACUUACAAUGUCUGCAUACUCCACAACAACUACAACAGCUUCAGAAGACCGCCUUGACCUACUCCCAAAUGAGACGGCCAUCUUGGUCCUGACAGUCACGACUGGCGCAACCGACAGUCUAGGCCAGUUUAGUGGCAGCGUAGCCCUGAACUCGGAUCUGUCUUCUGCUAGUAUCUCUUACAGGUUCUAUGUGACAUCCCAGGAGAAAUUAAACAUCACAGUUCGGGUAGAAGAUGAAUACACAUAUUUCGCCUCUGACAAGCCCUUGGUGUCUGGAGCUGUUGUGACACUCCGAAAUCCUAGAAGAAGAUACACGGAACAGAGAAUAACCAGUAAUCACACAGAGUUGGUGGUGUUUGAGGAUGUGGAUGAAGAUCGAUACACGCUGACUGCCACCGCUCCAGGACAUGGGUCCUACUGGGCUGUGAUCAUUGCUAAACCCUCAGACCCCUCCAUCACCAUCUUCCUGCAGAGAGUUGCUGUAAAGUACACGUGGACUGUUACCCCCACAACCUUUCAGGACAAAUACAUAGUCACUCUGGAUUCUACCUUUGAAACACAGGUACCCAUGCCUGUUGUCACCGUGGAGCCAGCCAGCCUGAAUCUGAUUCCAUAUGAGGAAGGAAAGAAGGACGUGAUUAAUUUCAACAUCACCAAUCACGGCCUGAUCAGGGCAGACAAUGUUAGGUUUGCUCUGCCAAGUCAUCCAACAUUGAUCUUUACACAGACAAUAGAUCCGAUAGGAGACCUACCGGCAAACACAAGCAUCAUUGUUCAAAUCUCGGUUAAACUGAAGACUCGAGUGAAGAGGAACCUAGGCACAUUGGCAUGUGGUUUGAAAAUGCUUUACGAUUACUAUUGUGGUGGUACAAGAACUGGAGGCCAGGACAUCACUCUGACAAGGACGUAUCCAGGACGCCCUCCCUUGCCCAUGUGUAGUUGA